AUCGAGUGCUGGCCGGAGCAAUGGUUUAUCCUGAAGAAUAUGGAUUUGUUCCAGAAACCUUGGAUGAUGAUGGUGAUCCAUUGGAUGUGGUUUGUCUCAAUAAUUAUCCAACUUUUCCCGGUUGCUCGUUGCCAAUUAAAAUUAUCGGAGUCUUGCGAAUGAUUGACAGCGGAGAAGAAGAUGAUAAACUACUAGCCGUCAAUGUUGGUGAUCCUCGUUUUCAAAACAUCAAUGACUUAAAAGAUGUUAGCCAAGCCAAAUUGGCAGAAAUUAAUCAUUUUUUUUUGCGUUAUAAAGAAUUAGAAAAAAAAAAAGUAGAGUUAAAAGGUUUUCAGGGAAAAAAAGAAGCCGAAGCAAUUUUAAAAAAAUGCCAAAAUCUCUAUAAAAAGCAACAGAAACUAAAAAGAAAAUUGUAA